AUGGCCAUCCAUGCCGUCGGCGUCAACAUGGGAAAGUAUGUUCAGACAGGAUCAGCAGUAUCGCUUCUCUUCUACUUCAGCUUCAACCUUGCGCUUACGCUGCUCAACAAAUUGCUACUGGAGAAGGUGAAAUUCCCAUACCUGCUCACAGCACUACAUGCAGGUGCUUCAUGGCUUGGAUGUGCUGUCAUUCUUCGUAAAAGCAGCAGCGGUAUCAGGAUGCAGAAUAUUCGGCUUGUUGACUCUGUCAACCUUGUGCUCUUCUCCAUUCUCUACAGCGUGAAUAUUGGGAUCAGCAAUGUCUCCUUGCGUCUCACGUCCCUCUCUGUACACCAGCUCCUCCGCGCAAUCAGCCCAGCAAUCACGGCUCUUAUCCUUCGUGUCUUCUGCCGGAGGCAAUACACAUGGUCUUCCUAUGCAUCCUUGAUCCUUGUCGUCUUUGGUGUGGCCCUCGCAACAACCACUCCUAGCCAGAGCACCCACAUGUCGUCAACUCCAGGCAAUGUAUCUGGCAUCCUCCUCACCCUUCUGGGUGCAUUGCUAGCAUCAUGCAAGCCUAUUGCUGCGGCUGCAUUACAGAAAUGCAAGUCGCCUCCGGGCGAAGGCGAAGGCGGGAAAGGCCUUAACCUGAGCGCCAUGCAACUCCUUCACUACAUUUCCCCACUUGCAUUCCUGCAGUCUAUUCUUUAUGCCUGGAUUGCUGGAGAACUCCGUCAUCUCCCUUCCUCACCCUCCUCCGCCUCUCGCCUGGACACUACAACCGGAGAAAAUGAGAAAUUUACCAUGAAUGCAAGUUUUGCCAUCUUUAUUACACUUAAUGGUCUAGUAGCUCUUGGCCUCAACAUCGCAUCUUUUGAGGCAAAUCGGAGAGUCGGGGCGCUGGGGAUCACCAUCGCAGGGAAUGUGAAACAGGUCCUCGUCUUGGUGUUGGAUGUGGUCGUUAAUGGUAAAGACGAUAUUUGGACUUGGCGGAUGUGGAUAGGGGUACUAGGAACCGUAGUGGGGAGCUGCUGGUUCGUGGUUGAAGAGGGGCGUCAGGGUGAAAAGAUGCGGAGGGGCACGGUGGAGGUGGGGAUGCAGAUGAUGGAGAAGGAGAAGGAGAAGGAAGGAGAUAAGAACAGGGUGCUGGAGGAGGGUCGUGCAGAGAAUUAG